AUGGACGAGCGCGUUCAUAUGCAACGGUUCCGACAAGGUGCCCGCGGCUCGGCAACUACGUUCCUGCUGGACUGGGAGUGGUUGUUGAACGAGUUCCAAAACUUGGAGACAAUCACGGCAGAAACCCACGCGACGUUACUCCCCAGAUCUGGCGAGGACUUACGCAAGUAUGUAUCAGUUAUUCUGAAAAGUCGUGACAAAGAUAUCCGUGCAGAGGAUGUCAAGCACCUCGUCCACCAAGCAACAGUUCGUAGGCACGUUGUGGUCAUGCUGAUUCAAAAUGCUGUGCGGCGAGAACAUCCAGCUUAUAAGCACGUGGAUCUAGAGGCCAUGUUGCAACGCGCUGAGACGGUGCUACCCGAAAACGAUGUGCCUGCCGAAGUUGUGGCACUGCUCGAAAGUGACGAAGCUACAGAACUACUCUACAAGCAAAAGAACGCAGCGCCUAUAGCCGAACCAGAUACUGUUGAUGAGGCGAUUCUAGAACUGAGUCUGCAGCGUCCCAACGCAGUCGUUCUCGAAAAAAGUGGUUGCGAUGUUAUAGAUGGCGAAGGUCAGCAAGAAGCAGCACUGCGUGCGUUAGCAGAAGAUAUAGCACCGGACCAACUUGCAGAAGAGGACUGUGACGACGCACUUGCGGAGCAAGCAGACGAGACAGUGCCCGAGCGACAGAUUGUGUCUUCUACAACUCCCAUGGAUCAAUUUGCUCCGUGGUACUUUGGUGUAGCAUUUGCUUUUCUUUUUAAAUACUGCACCGCCAUGCCUGAUCCGCCUAACUACGGCAAAUACGCGGACAAGCGAUGGAGAAGAAACGAAGCGGCACCACGCGUGACACUGCAGGAUUGGACCAGGCUCAUGUCGCAGCGAAUAGAAAGCCAACUAAACAGAGACUGGACAUUUGGCUACACGUCAUGGAACAUCUUGUUCCGGUCGGCUGUGAAUCUAUCGCGUUCUGUCUACGCAUAUGACACACCCGUACGAACUGCGGCAGGAGAAUGGCAGACCCUGACUCCGAGUAUGCUAGAAGAUGCAGCAUGCGAAAUAAUCCAAGGGCUGAAAGGAUCCUACCGAACCCCCGAAGGUCGUUUCAUGCCUGUGAAAGGCAAUCUGAACCUGGUCCGUUUCCUGCCUAAUCUUUCACCGACCGCACAGCGCAUUUUAGCAAACCUGAGCCACACUGCCAGAAAGGUGCCCGGAACGCAGGAGGCACGGCGCAUCAUGCGCUUUGAGAUACAGGCUAUGCGCAUCCGAUACGGCACGCCCAUCUUCGUAACAGUGACGCCGGACGAAGCACACUCGCUCCUGUAUGUGCGCAUGUCUCGACACCGCCGAAGCGACCCGAUACGGCGCCCCAAUCAGCACUGCAAUGCAAGAAGCGGGGAUAGGCGAUGGCCCGCCUUGGAUCAAGAUCUGACACUGGAAUGCCCCUUUGAACUAUUCCAGGAGCGACGAGCCACCUGGGAGGAGCAUCGCCGAAUCUUAGCACGCGAUCCCCUGGCAACAGUCCACGGUUUCCGCGUCACGCUCUUUCUGGUCAUGAAACAUCUUUUUGGCAUGAACGUCUGCCUGCAGUGCCCCUCUUGUAACUGUGGCAGUAUGCCAUGCCAAGACUGGCAAGGCAGCAAUGCAACAUGCACGGGGGGUAUUUUUGGGCGCUGCGAUGCCGCUUACGUAGCCAUCGAAUUUCAGAAAUCGAGCGGCUCGCCUCAUGGGCACAUUCAAUUAUUUGUUCAGUGCUUGCACCAGCACGAGAAUCUCGCAGAUAUCUUCAGUCUGGCGAAAGACCGUCUUGCCCUCCUUCGAGCAGACUAUCUCCGAUACGAAAUACAUGUACGCCGUAGCAUCUACGACAAAAGCCCGAAAGAGACAGAAGAAGCUUUGCGGCAUGCAGAGCAACAAUGGCCCGAGUAUAUCAGCGUCACAAAUCUGAUUAGUCGUCCAGCGUACCAACGAGGUGUGCUAGUAGCCGAUUGUCGUGAGGACGAAGAGGCACGAUGGAGUCAAGCUUAUCUGGAGGAUGAUGUCUUUUCUUUGCAAACAUUAAAACAAAAUCAUGUCCAUUGUGUCAACCCAGAGACAGGAAUGCGGAGGCCGCAGCCUGGCUGUCUGAAGGCAGAUGGGUGUCCGAUAUGCAAACACGGAUAUCCAAAAACACAGGAAAUGUCCGCGGAAGCUUGUAUCUUGUGCCCCUGUGCCUUAAAAGCCUUCGACUUACCGGACAGCGGACGCAAGAACUGUUUGUGCAUGCUGCACGGACCUCGCGACGAGGAAUACGUCAACCCAACGCAUCCGGCACUGCUGAGUGGGGCGCGGUGUAAUUCCGACGUGCAAUUACCGUACCGUUUGCCUUUUGCUUGCGAGAACUGUCAAGAAGCCUGUGAGGGGAGAAGCCUGCAGAAAAUGGUUUUGUUUGCGGCGCAACGUGCCCAGGACGCACAAACAGGUUACAGUUGCGAUUACUGCGCGAAAACUCAACCAAUGGCGUUUCUAGAGCUCAAGGAAUUGCAGAAGAGUCAUGCAGCCGUGGCAGAGCAAACGAAAGCAAAGGGGUUGGCGUAUCAGGGAAAGCGACACAUGACACGUUUCAUGUCAGACGCAUACUGCAAAGGAAUCGUACGUGGCCACGCAGAAUGCUCUAAUUUGCGUUGCUAUGCGACGGAGGACGCAGCUUCAGCAGAACGUAUUACGACAACACAAUAUGUCUCCUUUCCAGGUCAUGACUUCUUGCGGCACGCAGAAUUAGCGGCCAACGCUAUGACAGCCAGAGACCACAGGAUUACUGCCACUACACUGGGUAAAAAGCGUCCCGCACUCAAACAAAGACAAGUCACUGAGCACGACAUCGCCGAGUUCUACGCACGGCGACCUCGUGCCAGUCCAUGCUGGUACCUCUCUGCAUACGAGUUUCUGCUCUAUUGGGAAGUUAUUCCGACAAGAACACCGCGGAAUCUGAAGGAAUGGCAAGACCGUCGGCAGGAUGCAUGGGAUGUCGUUUUGACAAAAAAAGGCGAGACGAAACUCGUAGCAGCAGAAGUCUCCAACAAGAGCGUCAGAUUCAUUCCGGGCGUGGAUACACGGCUGCGAGACAGCCUUCCUUCGGGAUAUGUUGCAUUUGACGAUCGAACCGAAAAUGCACGAAUUCGCUCCGCGUGGUUACUGCGGCGGCGACGCAGACCCCGUUGUCCCACAUUUGCCCAUUGCCCUACACCCCGCUAUCAGCAAGACGAACAAGAAAAUAACUCCUUCAUGUGUCUGGUGUACUUCCGGCCAUGGACUGGACUGCCGGCAUGCGCAGAUAGAGAUGUUCGCAGCAUCCAGGACUUUCGUGAAGAGCACACCUCAUGGGAAGUCACCUUCCGCACAUGGCUUCAGGGGGUUGCAUGCAGGGAAACUAAGAAACACGUCAGCAAUUUUCUUUCUGUGUACCGCGUGCGUUCCUUAGCUGCCGACGUAGAAAAUAGCGACAAUGAAUGCGAAGACGACACACGUGCGCAUGUCCACGCUGCAAACAUCGACGCAUGCCUGCGGACCCGAGAAACACGGCAAGGAGGAGCGAACGAAUAUGACGACAUAGAAGCCGUGUGGCAGGCCAGCGCGUGUGACGCCAAUGUCGAAACAGAGUGUUUGCCAGAAGAAACGGCCGUCAACACCCACGACAACAGGAACCAGGAACUUUGCAGACGGAAGCGGCUGCAGAAAUUGAGCCAGGGCGCGUAG